GGCGAUCCGCGAACCCCGACGUUGAAAGCAAGGAGGCCCCCCGUGUCCGCCACUCCGCCGCUCGUUUAUUUUUCUUCUCUGGCUACUAGCGCUCGCUGCGCCGAUCCCUGCGUUGCGCCGCUCCUAUUGCCUGAGAUCCUUCCUCGUUUGAGGUGAGGUCUGGGUUUGGUCAAGGACGCUGCUGCUCGCCAAGUUCUCUCCUCAGUCGCGCCGCUGCUCGACCUGCUUAAGAACGCGCGGGCUUGCUCGAGUCUCCCUCUUCUGCUGGUUGCUGCUCAAGAAGACAAAGAACGCGUCGACCUUCUCAAUAACGCGAGUUCAAACUCAAGGUAAGGAACUGGUCGAGUCUCCCUCCCUUGUUUCAUGCUUUUGACUGAUUUUAUUACACAAUUCAGUUUUUUUCUUCAAUAUUUGGUGGAUGCGGGAAACGCAGUCGCUGCGAGCUUUAAUGGGGAAUUGGUUUCUACCAUCAUUGAUUUCGUAAAUGGAAUGGUAUAUGCGGGAAACGCUCCAUUGGGUCUCUGUUUAUAGAGACCUCGAUUUCACUCUAUUCUUGACGGUGUAAUUAGUCAAUUGUUCAAAAGUUAAUCUAACACAACAUGUUUUGAUCUUGAUUAGAAGUAUAAUAUCUUGUUAUUUCCGAGUUGACAAGCAAUCUAAAAGUGACGUUUGUGAUAUAUGUAAAUGUAAGCUCGUAAGUGGUCAAUUAUGCAAUGGAGUUCAUAACCUAUUAGUUUAUUUAGGUUUGUAAUCCGGUAUAUUCCGGUUUUAUUAUGGUAUUACUCCGAGACGGUAUCCUGAAUCUGCCGAUACGGUUUUUUAACAAAAACAAUUAUUUAAUUACAAAAACGAUAUUUUACCGGUACAUAACGGUUGAACCACGGUUGUACCACAAAAUAUCCUACCACAGACGGAUCCGGUAUGAUGUCCGGUACGGUUUCCUUUACCAUGCUAAGAACUCGCCCUUCCAUCCCCGCCAAUGCUUCUUCUUCUUCAAACCCGUGUCGCCUUUCAGUUUCGCAACCUAACUCCAUCUCAAGCUCUCUACUAAGAAACUAUUUGGCUGACGCGGGAAGAACACGAGCGGAACGAAACCAAAAGAAGGCGAAAUGAUGCUGAGAUGUAGAAGCUUGAGACAACUUUCAAGGUUUUCCUGGCGCAUUUCUUCUGGAAUAUACUUAGGGCAGAGCGGAGAAGCCAGAAGAGGUUACUCUGUCUCAACUUCAGUCGCCCCAUUUCGUUCAUUUCUUAGAACCACCAACUACCCAGGAAUAUUUUGGUGGAACUUCUCUUAUUCUCAGAGGUACUCGACAGCAUCAGAAGAAGCAUCUACUAGUAUUCCUGCACCUGCAGCAGAUGAUGACGUGGUCUCCUUUGUUCGAUCCAUUGCCGAUGAGCAUGAAGGCCCAAAUCAUGUUUGGUUAAAUGUAUAUGAAGGAGAUAAACCCUUCUUGAAGAGAAAUGGGACAUUUUUAAUCCUCGCUGGACAGUUCUUCCAGGAUUCUGAAAUAAUUGCCAUGCUUGAAAAAGUGAAGUUGCUUCAGCAGAGAUUCUCCGAACUUUGUGUUUUGGGCCUUCAUACCGGGAGUUCUGCUAGCUUCGCUGCUGAUCGAGAUCAUGUUAUUGACUUGAUAAUGAAAGAAUACAUCACCUUCCCCAUUCUGUUGUCAAACAAGAACUUCGCAGAGGUAAGAUGGAGAACGGAGCCUGCUACAUUAUGUUCAGAGACUCCGAGAAUCCUCUAGUUCAGCAUGAGAAGGAUCUGGAUAUUGGAACACUUUAUGCAGUGGUAGAGGAGAUGCAAGUACUACAAAAACAGAAUCCUGGUGAUGGAAACUCCAGUAUGGCUUGUUUGAAAAGCACUUGGACAAAACUAGCUGAUGCUGUGAAGGAACCAUACACUGUUUCACCUAUUCAAAACUUGCUUCUCUAUUUCCCAGGCUGUAUAUCUGCAGAUAUAAAUGGCAGUCGGCUAUUCUUUUCUGACUCCAAUCAUCACCGUAUCAUCAUUUCUGAUGGUAAUGGAAGUAUUCUUGACUGUAUUGGUUCUUCUCCAGGUUUUGAGGAUGGAGACUUUGAGUGUGCCAAGCUAUUGCGCCCUGGAGCUUCCUUUUAUGAUGACACUGAGGAUUGUCUGUAUUUCGUAGACUCAGAGAACCAUGCAGUCAGGAGAGCUGACUUGGAGAGACGGGUUCUAGAGACGUUAUAUCCUUCUUCUAGUGCUACUGUAGAAAAGGAAAGUCUAUGGACAAAGAUCGCAAGUAAACUGGGCUUUGGAAUCGCUGCUGUUGAAGCUAAAUCCGAAGAGUUUGAUCCCCAGUCUUUAGUGUUUCCUUGGCAUCUAUUGAAGUCAGAAGAGGAGGAUCACUGCUUAAUCAUUAACCGGAGCUUUGAGACACUAUGGGUAAUGAAUCUGACCACUGGAGAGAUAAAAGAUGUUAUCAAAGGAUUCCAAAAGAUUCGAGAUACCUGUGGAAAUUUGAUCACAGAUAAAUUAUCUCUCUUGAAGGAAAUGCCAAGUGAUUGGUUGGAACAGCAGGCUGGUACUUACUUGUCAAGUAAAGAUACCUUGUAUGCUACCCUCAUAUCAUCACUUACAGCUUUCAACGGCCACGUGUUUGCUUGUGAUACAAGCAGGACAGACAUAGAUAUAAAGGUCGACAUUCCAAUAGAUACUGAACUGGUCGAACCAUUGCAUGAGGGAUGUAUCUGGCGUCAGGCAAGAGGAGCUGCUACUGAAGUCUCAGGAACAAAUGCUGAACUGGAAUCUUCGGAAAAGGUUGGUGUUGCCCAGAAGUGGUAUGAUGAACUCGAUAAUCUGGCAUUUUCAUCGGCUGCUGAAUCAGAGACAAUUGUGGAAGAUGAUGAUAGCACAACUGCAGACACUAGGAAUUUUGAGGACGACAAAGUUCGGAUUCAUUGUGCAGUUAAUACGAGCCCUGGCUUGAGUGAGGUGAUCAUAUAUGCACCACUGUAUCUGAGACUCAGAAGAGAUGCGAAUGUAGACGAAGAAGAUAACCAGGAUAAACAUGCAGCGAGGAUAGCUGAUAUCCUAAAAUGGGGUAGUCACGGCUUAACCACAAGAGAUUCAUGCAUUCAGCUCUUGUCUAGAUCAGGAAAGGAUUUGAGAGACCUCGUCUUUGUGAAACCACUGCAUUUCAGAAUAAGAAUAGAAUGCCCUAAUCACCCUAAGGCACCCGAUAACACGAAAGAUAUCAUAUUGACCAAUUCCACUGUUGGUGUCCAUGUCUCACUUUGAAAAAUGAAGGUUUUGGUAAAAUUUGCGUUUUGUAAAAUUAUGCAUAUAUAAGGGUAUUGGGUCCAUUAUGGGCUUGAAAAAUACAAUUGUUUGUUUCAUAGAUUACAUGAUGGAAUUGAUUAAUUAGAUUUGUAUAUAUGAAGUG